AUGUUCGCAUUCAGAAUUGGAAUUAGAUCCGGAUUUAACAGAGCCUCGUGGAUAGGUUUCCGCUCUAAGCGCCCCAACUCCACUCAGAUACCUGGCGCGAAAAAGCCUAAGGGAAUUAAAUUGCUUAUGCAGGAGUACGGAUACUCUGCUCUCGGGGUGUACUUUGCUUUGAGCUGUAUCGACCUGCCCAUCACCUUUCUGAUGGUACAUUCUGCUGGAGAGGAGGCAAUCAAAGAGUACCAAGACCAGUUUCUCAGAUGGAUUGGCUGGCGAAAGGGCGAUCCAGUGAAUUCCGACCAAGAGACGGGGAAAUCAAGCGAGUCAGGAUAUUCCACCUUGUGGACUGAAUUUGCCGUUGCGUACGCUAUACACAAAUCCUUGAUAUUUAUCCGUCUACCAAUCACCGCCGCAAUUACCCCAGCAGUUGUGUCGAAGCUGAGAAAGAUGGGAUUCAACGUUGGAAAGAUCACCAGUGCCGCCAGACAAAGUGUUGGAGAACAAGGUAUCAGAAAGACGCUCACCUCGGACGGUCUGAAGAACCUGGGAAAAAACAUCAAUCACGAUCCUGCAGCAUUAAAUCCGAAAUUCGGCAAGCCACCCUCGAAGGGCCAAAGAUGGUUCUUUUAAGUGUACAUAUAAAUAUUGAUGGGUUCAACGGAACUUGGAGUAGUAUUUUUCCUCUUCAAAUCUUUUCGCCACUAAGUCGAGCACUUCUUUCGGGUAGACGUCUUCCAACUUCUCGCCACCAAGAAGAACUCUAUCCUCGUGUAUUUUUUGUUCCUCUUUCGUCAUGAUCACCACGUUUUGCAGCGAGAGUGGCUCGUCUCUUUUCCAUCUAGAAAGCGCUAAUCUCGUCGAAUAUCCACUAAUAGGCGACUUCCCACGGAAAACCUCUUCUAGGAUGUAGUUGACAUCACUCAUAGCAAUUUGCACCCUUUGAUCUUUUUGCCCAAGUCUGGCCUGCUGUCCUGCCAAGCUUUGCAAGAUGCCGUCGUACACUUUGAUUCGGUUUUUACCCUCAAUUGGCUCCACAGGAUAACCAGACACGGUGGUAACAAGGUAUGUUGCGAUAGUCAGACCAAACAUGGCGGGCAUCGUGCCCAAAACCGGUAAGAUCCGCACUCGGAAAUUUUGCAACGCACUUAACUCGUCCACAUGACCUUUUUCAAACUCUUCAUCGGGAAGAGGGAGCAGGCUUGCUUUACGAGGGUCUGGCUUCUCACUCGAGAAGACACAAGGAAUGCCCUUAAUGAUUCCUUUUUUCUUCAGUCUGCGUCUAACAGAACGUGCCAAAGGAUCUUCGUCGGAAGCAGAAAUAUCCGCAAUGUUCACUCUUGUGGAGUCACUUUUGCAAGCAGCUCCCAUCGAAGAAAUCACCGGCACAUUCUUUUCGUAGCAGAAGGUCAGCAAAUCAACUUUGGUAUCGAUGUUGUCAAUGCAGUCGACAACAUAGGAAGGACUGCCUUUCAAAAUCAGGGACUCGGCGUUCUCGAUGGUGAAUAGAGUGUUGAUGGCCUCGAUCUGGCACCAAGGCGCAAUCUGGAGCAAAUGUCUUCGCAGGCAGUUCACCUUUGGAGUGCCCACGUCCCUUCCGGUGGCAACUGCAUGUCUAUUAAGGGAAGACAAGCUGACCUGAUCAAAAUCAAUGAUCCUGAUCUUUGACACCCCUGAUCUGACGAGGGCAGUCACACAGUUGGAUCCUACUCCACCAGCACCAACAACAACAACAAACUGUUCGCGAACUUUCCGCAUUCCGUCUUCACCAAGAAAUGCAUAGUUUCUUGCAAGCUGCUCUCUAAUAAGUUCUUCUGAGAAAUCUGGGAUCGCAGAAACUAUUUCAUUGGUUGUAGGCCCCAAAACCGGAUUUUUGGACUUGGAGA